CACCUCCCUGUCCCUGCUGCCGCCUCCUCCAGACGACCCCCGCUACUCCCCGGGCCAGGCUGACGAGGGGCUCACGGUGGGGGGCACGCCGGAGUACCUGGCGCUGAGUGUGCUGAGUGUACGUGGCGACUACUUCGAUGGGUGCCUGGAUGACCUCAGGAUCUCUGGCCACAAACUCCCCCUCCCCCCGGCCGCCAACGCCUCCUCGUGGGGGGAGGUGCGGGGGUACCAGGGGGUGGAGAGGGGAUGUGCCGCCCCCCGGUGUGUGCCAACGUCACCUGUCCACCGCCCUUCACCUGUGUGGAUACCUGGAGGAAUUAUCAUUGCGGGUGCGGCACGGGGCAGGUGCUGGCGCGGGGGGCGGGUCCUGUCAACCGCUGGACCAGUGUGUGUAUGGCCCCUGUCUGAACGGCGGGACCUGUUACUCACCACACUCGGGUGGGUUUGUGUGCACGUGCGAGGCGGGGUUCAGCGGGCGCCACUGUCACCUGCCCUACCCUGACGACCCCUCCCUCAAGCUGUCCCUGGGGGCGCUGCUGGCCCUCAUCGUGUGGUGCACCUUCCUCAUGUUACUCGUGGGCGCCUUCCUGCUCCACCAGCACCACCGCCGCGCCGCCGUCAGGAGAGGCUCUACAAGCGUAGCCAAGGAGGACGCCCAUACCCUGAGAGAGGCCACCCACGCCCACGCCCCCACCACGCCCGCGCACACGCCCAACCUCCUGGAGAUGCAGCUGCUCAAACCUCCUAAAAGCAAUGGACAGCCCGCGUGGUCCAGGAACCCUAAUAUUGCAGAUGUGGAUGUACUGCAAGUGGAUGCGGCGUCCGUCACCAGUAGUGGAGCGGAGGAGCACCCACGCACCACCACUUGUCCACUCUCCUCCUCCUCUGGGGCUGGGAAGAAGGGUGGAGGGGGAGGAGGAGGAGGAGGAGGAGGAGGAGGAGGAGGAGGGGGUGGCCAACAUUCCUCUCAAGGCGAUGAUCUGAGAAAUUAUGCUUAUGAGGGGGACAGUUCCUCGCCCGGCUCGCUGUCCUCGUGUCUGGAGAGCUGUAGCGGCAGUGCAAAAUUUUUGGAUGGAUUCCGGGAGGUUGCUUGCUUACUGGACAACUGGGACACCACUACCACCACCACCACCACCACUACUGCCACCACCACCACUACCACCACCACCACCAGCACAAGAGCCAAUCACAGCAAGCGGGAUUCUUCUCUGCCAAUCACGGACAUUCUUAGCGAUCCUCACGUUGCUAUUGGUCCGUCAUGCGAGACAGAGAAGCCAAUCAACGUCGCUGAUCCUCCUCUUCCUCCUCCUCCUCCUCCUCUCUCUCCUCUCUCGCCUCCUGCUCCUCUUCCGCUUCCUGAUCCCCCGCAAGCUUUCAUGACUAAAUAAUUUGGCUUUUUUUUUUUUUUUUUUUUUUUUUUCUUUUUUUUUACUUUUCUGUUUCUUCACUUUAUUUAUUUAUUUUUUUUUUCGCUAAUUGUAUUACUUCCUUUUUUUUUCCUUGUCAUUUUUUUCUUAUUUAUUUUCUUCUGUUUCUUGUUUUUUCACUUAUUUUUCUCUUUUCUGUUACUUCUCUUUUUCUCCUUUUUGGGUUUUCUAAUCUUAUUUUGGUUUCCGUUUUCCUCCUUUUCUUUUUUUUUCUUUUUUUUUAUUCCUUUCUCUUUUCUUUCUUGUUUUCUCUUUUUUGUAUUUCUUCUAUUCCCUCCUACCUGCUAUAUAUAUUUUUUUCCUUCCCUUUUUGCAUAUUCCUUGUUUUCAUUCCUUCUCUUGUAUUUUCUCUAAUGUUUUUUUUUCAGGGUUUUUUUUUUUUUUGUAAUUUUUUUUCUUUUUUUUUUAGUAUCAGUUUGGUUUGGUCGUUAUAAUUUGGGUUAUUACUGUUUGUCGCUUUUGUUGUUGUUAUUGUUGUUUGUGUUAUUUGAGAUAUGUGUGUGUGUGUGUGUGUGUGUGUGUGUGUGUGUGUGUGUGUGUGUGUGUGUGUGUGUGUGUGUGUGUGUGUGCGUGCGUGCGUGCGUGCGUGCGUGCGUGCGUGCGCGUGCUUUUUUUUUUUUUUUUUUCAUUUAUUGGUUAUUUUGGCAUUUAUUUGUCAUUAUGCCAUUCCUUAUUUUCUUAUACGUUUUCCCUUCUCCUCCUCCUCCUUCUACUCUUCCUCUUCCAUUUUCCUUUUCAUUUGAGCCGAAGAUGAUGAAAAAACGACAGAGAGAGAGAGAGAGAGAGAGAGAGAGAGAGAGAGAG